AUGUCUUCACCCAUUCGUAACGUCGCCAUCAUCGGAGCAACUGGCCUCCUGGGAUCUCAGAUCGCCGCGAAUCUCACCAAGUCAGGCUUCAACGUCACGGCCAUCCAGCGAUCCGACUCCAAAUCAUCAGUGCCGUCGGGUAUCAAGUCGGUUAAGCUGGACGUCACCGACACAGAGGCCCUCAGCUCUGCCUUCAAAGGACAAGACGCAGUCAUCUCCGCCGCUCCGGAUCCAAUCGCCUUUUCUGCUCAAAAGCCCUGGAUUGAUGCCGCCAUCGCCGCCGGCGUGAAGCGCAUCUUCCCCUCAGAAUACAGCACCAACCUCGACUCCCUCCUCGCUGAGACACUUCCCAUCGUGACCGAUAAGGUCCGGACCCGUCGGUACCUCGACGAAGAGGUGUCUAAAACCGGCGGGAAAUCGAGUUGGUCGAGCAUCAACAACGGCCCUUUCUUCGACCUCGUUCUCAGUUUCGGUGGUUUGGGACCCGACUUCCGCAAGAAGACCGCCAAAUGGCACAACGGCGGUGGAAACCUGGUCGGCGUGACUCGGCUUCCUGAUAUCGCUGAGACGAUCUCCAAGAUUCUUAGGGAUGAGAAUGGGCUGUAUAAAGAGGCGGAGAACAAGUCUGUGUACAUCCAUUCCGCGGCCGUGAGUGAGAAGCAGUUGACGCAGAUCGCCGAAAAAGUCACCGAUCAGAAGUUUGAAGUGAAAGAGUUGGAUGUGGAGAAGAUCUAUCAAGAGGCCACGGCCAAGUUCGAGAAGGGUGAUAAGUCUGUGAUGAUGCUGUUUUACUACCAGAUGAUGUAUGGUAAGGGGUACGGCGGGAGCGAGAGUUUUCAGGAGAUGAGUUGGAACGAGAAACUCGGGCUUAAGACUCUGACUGAGGAGGAGAUUGAAGAGAUUGUUAGGGAAACCGCCAAGAAAGCUGGUAUGAUUUGA